AUGGGGAAUCAGACAGCAGCGGUGACUGAGUUUAUCUUGCUGGGAUUUGCCCUCAGCAGGGAGGUGGAGCUGCUGUUUCUGGUGCUCCUGCUGCCCACGUUCCUGCUGACUCUGCUGGGGAACCUGCUCAUCAUCUCCAUCGUGCUGUUCUACUCCCGCCUCCACACCCCCAUGUACUUCUUCCUGUGCAACCUCUCUGUCCUGGACACCCUCUUCACCUCAGUCAUUUCUCCCAAAGUGUUAGUAAACUUAGCAUCAGGGAAUAAAACAAUCUCCUUUGCCGGGUGCAUCACCCAGUGCUAUUUCUACUUCUUCCUGGGCACAGUUGAGUUUCUGCUGCUAACAGUCAUGUCCUAUGAUCGCUAUGCCGCCAUCUGCGAACCCCUGCGCUACACUGUCAUUAUGAGACCUCCCGUCUGCAUUGGCACCGUUAUGUUCUCUUGGGUGGGAGGCUUCCUCUCGGUGCUCUUUCCUACUAUCCUCAUCUCCCAGCUGCCCUUCUGUGGUUCCAACGUCAUUAACCACUUCUUCUGUGACAGCGGGCCCUUGCUGGCCCUGGCCUGUGCAGACACUAGUGCCAUUGAGUUGAUGGACUUUAUGCUUUCGUCCAUGGUCAUCCUCUGCUGCAUAGUCCUUGUGGCCUAUUCCUAUACGUUCAUCAUCUUGACGAUAGUGCGCAUUCCCUCUGCAAGUGGAAGGAAGAAGGCCUUUAACACUUGCGCCUCCCACCUGACCAUCGUCAUCAUUUCUAGCGGCAUCACUGUGUUUAUCUAUGUGACUCCAUCCCAGAAAGAAUAUCUGGAGAUCAACAAGAUCCCUUCGGUACUGAGCAGUGUGGUGACUCCAUUCCUCAACCCCUUUGUGUACACGCUGAGGAAUGACACCGUGCUGGGGAUCCUCAGGGAUAUGCGGGGCAGAGUUCGGGGAGUUUUAGCAAAGAGGAUGAGGAUGGUGGUGAGGAGCAGACUGUUCUCCAACAAAGAACACUAA